CACACACACACACACACUACACUGCCUCCACCUGCACAGAAGAUCUGGGUGUGAUCUGUUUGGUGUGCUCAGUUCUCCUUUGCGAAGCCGGAUGGGAGUGUGUCUGCAGAAUUGCGAGAGUCUCCUAUGCCGCAAGAGCCUUCUGUCCUUCACUUCAGGAUGAGGAGAGGGAGAAUAGGAUGAAGAAGAGAGAGUGAAGAGGAGCGGCUAUGAAGGGAACAGCACUCAUCCUGCUUACAGUCACCGUCACCAUCAUCACAGUCUGUGCAGAUGUUGUAGUAGGGGUAGAUGUUUGUGCCUCCUGCCACCAGAAUGCCACGUGUGAUGAUAAGACUGACGGCUCAGGGAAAGUGUGUAACUGCAUGUACGGCUUCGUGGGAAACGGCAGGACUUACUGUCAAGAUAAAGAUGAGUGUCAGCUGGGGAGGAUCUGCGGAGACCACAGCAGGUGUCACAACACGCAUGGCAGCUAUUUCUGCACGUGUGUGUCGGGGUACAGCCCCACCAACACCCUGGACAUCUUCAUCCCUAACGAUGGCACCUACUGCCAUGAUGUGGAUGAGUGCUUAGUGGACAGUGUUUGUGGUGAGGGUGGUGUGUGUAUGAAUACAGACGGUGACUUCUCCUGUACCUGCAGAACCGGAUACACGGUCCAGCAUGGAUCAGAACCCUUCCAUCCGCACAUACACCCCGCCUACUGCCAGAUGGUAGAUUGCGGUUCCCCUCCCUCUGUCCCUCACGCAGUUCUGGUUCCUCCGUUCCUCACUGGUUAUGGCAGCGUGGUGCAGUUCACCUGCGCAGAUGGUUUCACCCAGACACGAGGAAACGUCACCUCCACGUGUGGACCUGAUGGACAGUGGAGUUUUCCCAGCAUGCACUGCGAAGAGGUAGAGUGUGGCCUUCCCCCAUCAUUCCCUCAUGCAGUGAUGCUGUGGAAUGGAGUGAGGAAAGUGGGUGCAGAAGUGCGUUAUCAGUGUGUGGAGGGUUUUUAUAGCAGCGGACACCAGGACGUGUGUGUGUGUACGAGCAGAGGAUCAUGGAGCUUCCUGUACUUCCUCUGUCAGGAGAUCCGUUGUGGAGCUCCACCUCCUCUCCUCCAUGCUGUAGUGUUGUGGAAUGGCAGCAGUAAUUUAGGCUCUAAAGCUCAGUAUGAGUGUGACGCAGGAUAUCGCAGUGUGGGAACAGGAAGUGUGUCGGAGUGCGACUCUCACGGGCGCUGGACACACGCUCGCAUCACAUGCACAGAGAUCCUCUGCCCUGACCCCCCCGUCCUGCCCCACACUGACCGGCUGUGGGAUGGCAGUGUGCGUGUUAACAGCUCUGUACUUUAUUACUGUAAGGAGGGAUUUUACGCUGCACUGGGAGAGAAUAAAUCUGUGUGCAGUCAGAACAGUUCAUGGAGCAGAGCUACUCUGUUAUGUCGAGAGAUCCUCUGCCCUGACCCCCCCGUCCUGCCCCACACUGACCGGCUGUGGGAUGGCAGUGUGCGUGUUAACAGCUCUGUACUUUAUUACUGUAAGGAGGGAUUUUACGCUGCACUGGGAGAGAAUAAAUCUGUGUGCAGUCAGAACAGUUCAUGGAGCAGAGCUACUCUGUUAUGUCGAGAGAUCCUCUGCCCUGACCCCCCCGUCCUGCCCCACACUGACCGGCUGUGGGAUGGCAGUGUGUGUGUUAACAGCUCUGUACUUUAUUACUGUAAGGAGGGAUUUUACGCUGCACUGGGAGAGAAUAAAUCUGUGUGCAGUCAGAACGGUUCAUGGAGCAGAGCUACUCUGUUAUGUCGAGAGGUAGAGUGUGGCCUUCCCCCAUCAUUCCCUCAUGCAGUGAUGCUGUGGAAUGGAGUGAGGAAAGUGGGUGCAGAAGUGCGUUAUCAGUGUGUGGAGGGUUUUUAUAGCAGCGGACACCAGGACGUGUGUGUGUGUACGAGCAGAGGAUCAUGGAGCUUCCUGUACUUCCUCUGUCAGGAGAUCCGUUGUGGAGCUCCACCUCCUCUCCUCCAUGCUGUAGUGUUGUGGAAUGGCAGCAGUAAUUUAGGCUCUAAAGCUCAGUAUGAGUGUGACGCAGGAUAUCGCAGUGUGGGAACAGGAAGUGUGUCGGAGUGCGACUCUCACGGGCGCUGGACACACGCUCGUAUCACAUGCACAGAGAUCCUCUGCCCUGACCCCCCCGUCCUGCCCCACACUGACCGGCUGUGGGAUGGCAGCGUGCGUGUUAACAGCUCUGUACUUUAUUACUGUAAGGAGGGAUUUUACGCUGCACUGGGAGAGAAUAAAUCUGUGUGCAGUCAGAACAGUUCAUGGAGCAGAGCUACUCUGUUAUGUCGAGAGAUCCUCUGCCCUGACCCCCCCGUCCUGCCCCACACUGACCGGCUGUGGGAUGGCAGUGUGCGUGUUAACAGCUCUGUACUUUAUUACUGUAAGGAGGGAUUUUACGCUGCACUGGGAGAGAAUAAAUCUGUGUGCAGUCAGAACAGUUCAUGGAGCAGAGCUACUCUGUUAUGUCGAGAGGUAGAGUGUGGCCUUCCCCCAUCAUUCCCUCAUGCAGUGAUGCUGUGGAAUGGAGUGAGGAAAGUGGGUGCAGAAGUGCGUUAUCAGUGUGUGGAGGGUUUUUAUAGCAGCGGACACCAGGACGUGUGUGUGUGUACGAGCAGAGGAUCAUGGAGCUUCCUGUACUUCCUCUGUCAGGAGGUAAACUGCAGCGAGCCCCGCCCACUCCCUCACACUCUGCUCAUGUGGAAUGGCAGCUCUGCUUUCGGCUCUGUGGCGCGGUACGAGUGCGAGGCCGGAUAUCGGAGUGUUGGUGCAGAGAGUGUGUCUGUGUGCGGCUCUGACAACCGGUGGAGUGAUGUACACAUGCACUGUGAAGUUUCCUGUAGUCCGAUCCCAACGCCGCAGAAUGCCGAGGUUCUCUGGGAAAACGGCACCGUCGCCGUCCAUCACUGUGUUAAAGGCUACUACAGACAUACAGGAAGUGACAUAUCAGUGUGCGACACCACAGGAAGAUGGAGGAUGGCAACGAUGCGCUGCAGAGAGCUGAAGUUCAGUGUGCAGAGUUUGUCUGUGUUUAAUGAGAAAUGUCUGCGCUGGAGGACGGCUGCAGAAUCGCAAGGCUACAAACAACAAUACGCAGUGGUGUAUGUUGGUGUGAGAGAUUUUGAUCCCUCAUUCAGUGAUCGAUGGAGGAAAGUGUUCGGCUUGUCUGCGUUAUAUCCCACUGUGUGCUUGAACCUGCAGCCCAUCACCAACUACACCAUCACUGUGACUGCACUGGAGACCGGAGACACGGCUACUGUUACUGCGAACACCACCAUACCUGCUCCGCCCACUCCUGAGGUUGCGUACAGUGAGGUUGAUUCUCACCGACCGACUCUACGAUUACGAAGAGCCACCAGUUCACUGGACCCAAUCUGUGUGUAUCAGGUGAUCGUGUUACCGGUGGAAGGUGUGUUGGUGUUCGAUUGUGGCUCGUCUCGGUCGUGUGGUGGAGAGUACGUCGCGGCUCAGCUGCGGCUCCGUGAGCUGGGCGUGGAGGUGAAGUUCACGCUGGGGAACCGAGAGCGCUACGGAACCUUCUACAACGCUCCGCUGGAGAACGGUCGAGAUUAUUACAUCAUCCUGCGCACCGUCUGCACCUGGGGGCCGGUGAGAAAGCAGUCCUGUGUUAUCUGGGCCAAAGCCAGAGGAUCCUACUACGCUACCAGGGUUUCUGCGUUGGUGACGUUCGGCUCCAUCGGCGCUCUGGGUUUCUUUACCGUGACCGUUUACUACUGCUGCUGGUUUUGGAAAGCACACAGAUUUUGACCAAAUAUGUGCUGUUUUUUGUGUGUAUGUUGUUUUUAAUCAUAUUUGUUCGUUUUGAAAAGUGUUUAUUAUGUUUGUAUUUCUUUCUAAUAAAACUGAUGUCUUAAAGAGAA